UCAGUCUCCAAUCUCCAUCGGACGUUCGACAGGCGACAGCCAACGCGACGGAACCCCGCGCCCGCAGGCCGCACUCCGCAAUCAGUCGCAAUUCGCCGGUCGCAAGCAGUGCACGUAUCACAUUUUACUUCGAAAACACCAAAUUACAUAAACAAACAUGGCCUGCUCAGUGAGUGAUGCCCCCUCCCUCAAGGACCUUCCCAAGGUCGCCACCGACCUCAAGAGCCAGCUGGAAGCCUUCAACCCCAGCUGCCUGAAGGACGUAGACACCAACGAGAAGAUCAUCUUACCAUCAGCAGAAGACGUUGCCAAAGAAAAGCAACACAUCGCCCUGCUUCAAGACGUUGAGAAUUUUCAACCAUCAGCCCUAAAUAAAACUGAGACGGUUGAAAAAAUAGUUUUACCCAACGCAAUAGAUGUACAGACUGAAAAAACUCAGAAGUCCUUAUUCGACGGUAUCGAAAAGUUCGAUGCCACCAGGUUAAAGCACACAGAAACCCAGGAGAAGAACCCACUUCCUGACAAAGAUGUUGUAGCUGCGGAGAAGGCCCACCAAAAUCUGCUAGACGGAGUGGAACAUUUCGACAAGAGUCAGAUGAAGCACGCCACCACAGAAGAGAAAAAUCCACUGCCGCCAAUCGAAGCCAUCGAGGCGGAGAAAGAAAAGAACAAGUUCCUCAACGGAAUCGAGAACUUCGACCCAACCAAGUUGAAGCACACCGAGACUUGCGAAAAGAACCCUCUCCCCACAAAGGACGUCAUCGAACAGGAGAAAACGGCCUAAGAGGCUCAUCCUAUAUUUAUCGCAACUAUAUAACUCAAGUAUCGCUACGUUAGUAUUAAUAUAAGUUGUGUAAGUGAGGCCGAUUUACGCUGCCCGUUAUAACGAC